AUGCAAGGUACUGCAGUAUCAUCGAUACCGAGUCACUGUUGCUCACCCUCGUUUCGUGUGCAGGCACUCAAUCUGACCCGCCGUGUUGGCUCAAUGCUGAAGAAACUCGAUGAUCACCGACACUUCCUCAUGACGAUCGCAACAGGAGAUCCACGAGGCAUCGGUCGUCUUGUCGCCCAGGCCUUACGGGACAAAGUGAGCGCGAGCGAGCUUGUACGGCGGUUUGACGAGAGCAUCGAGGGCAUAUACCAUGUACGCGGUUACUCUGCCUUUGACUUCGAUCUCGCUCUGCUUGCGCUGCGUCUCGGAGGCAGGAAGCUACUGUAUGCACUCAACCACUCCAUUGCAAUCCCAUCCAUCCGUGCUCUGCGGCGAGCGCGCCAUUUUACUCGCUUCAUGCCAAGCUUUGGUCGUCCUACAGAUGCCGACGUGGAGUGGAAUCUAUCUGAGGUACUCGGACCGAAGAUCGACCGGCUGAAGGCCCGCGCGCAGGCUUCCGAUCAGCAGACACAUGGGACAGCUGCAGCGACGCAGUACUACCACUCGGGUGCAUCGUUAUGCUGGGACGAGAUCUCACAAGAGGAGGUCGCAUGCUACUUUCCUCAUGCGGAUUGCGUUGGCGGGCUUUGUCGGGAACACUGUCAUCUCGUCGAUCUCAGAUUACGCAGCUUCCAGAGCGCUGUCGACAUCGCAGAAGCCCUUGACAAAGGAGAGGUCCAUUUGGGGAAGGAGGUCUCCGUCCUCGGUGUCAUGUCCUUUGGUGACGAGCUUGGCCGGGGUGCACUCCCCAUUGCUGCGUCGCCUACCUGCAAGUCUGAGACUCCUGCCGAGAGUGCAGAGACGGUACGCACAGUACUCCGCGUGUGGAAGAAGAGCUUCGCAAUGUUCUUCGGCCCAAUGUGGUCCUUUGCGUCAGACGGAGAUGCUGGCCGCCGGGCGAUGGUGUAUGACCUGUUCAUGCAGUAUGUGAUUUCACCAUCGCAUGCCUUAUACAAGAUACUCGGGCAUCUACCGGGCCUCAAUCUCUGUGUCGGCGACGACGAUGUCACAGCAGAUUUUGAUUGGAAGCAUGAAAUAAAACGCUUGGCUCGUCUGAUGCGGACGCAAGAAGGCAUUGUUGUCGGGGAUACUAUUGUGAACAUUCACUGUCUCUCUCGCCACCUACGACGUGAUCCCAAGCUAUCUGAUCUCGCGGUUGAGCGUCUCCUCAACCCCUCUGAUUCUCAAGACGUACCUCGCGCGAUUGAUCUGUUACAGGGCAUAGCCUCGCUAUCAACUCUACCCCAGGAAGGAUGCACACCGACCGAGCUUCAGGAACUCCGGGCCAUCGCAAUCAUUGGCGAGCUGCUGUCGGCCUUCACCAAUGCGUUCAUCCGUCCGGAUUGGUCCCUUACCCAGCAGCUCACAUCCCUCAGCAAAUUCGCGCACAUGUCGUUUACACUAUACUGUACACACGAACGAAGCUUCAUGCCCCACCAACUGUAUGGCGACCUGAUGACAACAGUGAAGAACGCGAUCUUCUGUGUCGCGAAGCAACAACUCUUGGACGGAUCACAGAGAUUCUAUCUCUACGACACGGGUGAUGAUAAGCUCGAAGGACUCUUCGGGAACGUUCGCAUGCAAGGCGGACAUAACCCCAACUUCUCCUUCAAACAGCUGAUCGAGCGACUUGGUGCUGCUGUUGAUAUAGAUGCGGUGUUCUCGGCCCACCCCGAGCUUGAUAAGGGUUCUCGCCGUCGCAAGGUCACUCGAACAGAGCACGCGGACCAUCUAAAUCACAAGUCUUGGACGGGCGAUGUCAUCGCUGACCAUGUAAAUCUGAAGUCGGCCUGGGCAGAUGGUCGUCUCGCGGCUGUGAAGGCGCUCGAACUCAUACACAUUGCCACUGCAUUCGACCAAUCCUUCGAUUCCACGCGCUCCAUAGACAUGCUCCAGCCAAUACGACAUGGGAAAUUUCCUGGAGUCUCGACCGAGAUAGAUCGUUCUCUC